UCCUCACAAUGGGGUUGUUGGGCGGGAGGAUUUCACAGAGCAGAGCGCUCUCAGCAGCGCCCAGUGCUCGGGAAGUAGUCGCCACACCAGCUGGUGGCAGAGUUGUCUUUGGAUGGUGACGGCUCUGGGGCUGCUCACACAGCUGUAGCGGCAGCUGGAAGCUGAGGGUAAGCCUGACUCAAGGGGAGGGGCGCCGGGUGGGGGCGGGUCCUGGCCAAGCUCUGGCGGCCCCCGGAUCCUCUGCUCCGCACCCCAGCCCCCAACUCUCCACCUGCAAGCCCCACGGAGCUGUGUCCCCUCCACGCGCGCACCUCCCGGGUGGAACCCGCGAGCGCAGGGCCCCCCCACAUCGCAGCUGCGGAGGACAGAGGCCCCGCCCCGCCCCGCCCCGCCCCGCCGGCCCCGCCCUCCCGAGCCGGAGCUGCGGCCGCUGGCGCUGGCGCUGUUCCUGCGGACGGACUGACGGACGGGGCGGGCUCCCAGAGCCCCGCGCGGAGCCGGCCAGGGACCCGCGACCAGGGCCGGGCCGCUGCCGCUCCAGCGAGGCCGCGCCUGCUCUCGCCGCUGUCUCGCUCUCCUGCCCCCAGAGCCCAUGCCCACUGGGCUGACCGGGAGGAUGGGCGCCUGUGGGAGGAAGGCCCUGACCCUGCUGAGCAGCGUCUUCGCCGUGUGUGGCCUGGGCCUGCUGGGCAUCGCCGUCAGCACGGACUACUGGCUGUACCUGGAGGAGGGCGUGGUCCUGGCCCAGAACCAGAGUACCGAGACCAGGAUGUCGCUGCACUCGGGCCUGUGGCGGGUCUGCUUCCUGGCAGGUGAGGAGCAGGGGCGUUGCUUCACUAUCGAGUACGUGAUGCCCGCGAGCGCCCAGCUGACCUCGGAGUCCACGGUCAGCGUACUAACAAGACUGACGCCAUGGCCUUGGCCUCACCAGAGCCGGCUUGGACCCCAGAUGAAGCUGCGGUGCAGUUCUGAAGCUAAUCCCCGGGUUAGCACAGACCCCACAGAAAUGAUUCGCUCGGCCACCCCGUUCCCCCUGGUCAGCCUCUUCUUCAUGUUCAUCGGCUUCAUCCUGAGCAACAUCGGACACGUCCGUCCCCACAGGACCAUCCUGGCCUUUGUCUCAGGCAUCUUCUUUAUCCUCUCGGGCCUCUCCCUCGUGGUGGGCCUGGUGCUCUACAUCUCCAGCAUCAACGACGAGAUGCUCAACAGGACCAGGGACGCGGAGACCUACUUCAGCUACAAGUACGGCUGGUCCUUCGCCUUCGCAGCCAUCUCCUUCCUGUUAACUGAGAGCGCCGGGGUGAUGUCCGUGUACCUGUUCAUGAAGAGAUAUACCGCCGAGGACCUGUACCGGCCUCACCCUGGCUUCUACCGCCCGCGUCUGAGCAACUGCUCGGAUUACUCGGGCCAGUUCCUGCACCCGGACGCCUGGGCCCGGGGCCGCAGUCCCUCCGACCUCUCCAGCGACGCCUCCCUGCAGAUGAACAGCAGCUACCCGGCACUGCUCAAGUGCCCGGACUACGACCAGAUGUCCACCUCCCCGUGCUGAGCCGCGGCCUCCCCUGGACCGCGGCCCGGACAGCCUUCCCUGCCCUCGUUGGCCCGUGAGCCCCGGCACCCCCACACCCAGCUGCUGUCGCCCGACCCGUCCCCUCCCCACACCCCCCACUAGCUCCUGCGCAGGUCACGAGUGUCAGGAGCGGGAGAGAGGGCGGGAGAGAGGGCUGACUGGUCUGGAGGGGGUGGUGUAGCCAAUCACUCGGGCCUCUGCUCCCAGGAGAGAGGUGGGUACCGCUGGAUCUUCACCCACCCCACCUUACGUCUCGGCCAAGACCAAGGCCAGUGCUGGGAUGCCAGGUUCUUUCCAGAGGCCCAGCUGGUCUGAUGAGCCUGCCGCCUGGCCUGGCCCUCCCUCAUGAUCCGGGCUGUGGGUCAAGAGGUGACCAAUCCGGAGGUCUGGCUGGUUCAGAGCUGUCCAGCCAAGUCCUUGCAAAGUCCUUUAUCCCUAGUGGUCACCUGCAUUCCACUAGGACACACCUGUGUGCUCUCUCCAGCUCCUGGCACCCCACAGCCUGGGGGCUCUUUCCUCUUCUCCCACCAGAACUCAGCCGCCCCAAACGCUCCCAGAGGGGUUAAGGGAGUCUGGACCACUCGGAUGAGGUCACAAAGAGACAUUAACAGCUGGUGAUGUCUUGGUGUGUACGGCCCCUCAGCAACGUGUUUAACGGGGGCCUUUGAUGCCUUAACCCAGAGAAGCGACUCUGAUGAUGGGAAUUUCGGGAUGGGGCUGGUCCGAGUUAAUAUUGCCAAGCACUAUAUCAGGCCCAGGGAUACUGUCCUCGCUCACAGGGGUGACAUUUCUGGUGUAAUCGUGUAGACAGACGUCUGUCCCAGCAAAGCAGAAGGCGAGUUUCAAGAGGCCGCCUGGGGUUUGGAGCUGGAUUGCUGACACUGGAGUCUAAAGAAGCUGGACUCACGAUAGUCCUCCCAAGGACGCUGUCAAGGCCGGAGGGCCGAUUUAACGCUCAUACACGGCAGUGUCUGCCUGCUGGGAACGGGCUGGGAAUGGGCGUGGGUUGGCAGACAGAAGCUGGAGAGGAUGCGGCGGCGCGAUGCCCCUUUCCCAGGUGGAAUCCGGAGUGGGGAGGCGCAGGCCCCCUCCAUGUGGUCCACAGAUGGAUGCAGGAAAGGUGCCUGCGGGACGGAACCUCGGAUUGCCACGUGUCUUCUCGGUGUGGCCAGCUUCUGGAUUUGAGGUUUCGAGCAGCCGGACAACAUGGGCUCUCUACCGUGUGUUUCAGUCACUCCAGCUGUUCUCUUGUGCUCUCUUUAAGACAGCGUUCAGUUCUUGGUGCAAAAAGCCACCAUGGGCAGCAUGUGGGCUCCAGGAAGAACUACAGAAAGCUGCGCAUGCAGCCUGGGUGGCCUUGGGCAGGGCCACGCAUCUGUUUGCUGGGCGGCCAUGGGCUGGGUGGCUUCAGCGGCAGACAUUGGUUUUCUCACAGUUCUGGAGGCCAGAAGCCAGAGGUCUAGGUGCCAGCAGACUUGAUUUCUUUCGCGGCUGUUUCCCACGGCUUGUCGAUGGCCAUCUUCUCCACGUAGCCUCACGUGGUGUUUUUCCUGCACACCUGGGUGUCCCCUGGUGUCCAAGCCCCUCUUAGGAGGACACCCAUCAGACUGGACGAGAGCCCAUCCUAAUGGCUCAUUUUAACUUAAAUCAGCUGGUUAAAGGCAUUGUCUCCAAAUGUAGCCAUCUUCUGAGUCCCGGAGGCAAAGGCCUGAACACAAGAGUGUGGGGCCAGGAGCAGGAAGAGGGGCGAGGAUCGGGCAGGGGGAUGGUGGGGGGAGCGGGCAGGGAUGGGGGGCGAGGAGCCGGAUGCGGGGCCGGGGGCAGGGCAGCAAGGAGCCCCGAUUGGGGCAGGGGCACCGCCCAGCCCGUCGCAGGGAGGCUGGACCGCCUAUUGUGUCAGGGGUACGAGAGGGGAGCCAGAGAAGCGGGCCGCGGUUCCAGUCCUGGCACCCUCCUAGGGGGUCCUGGGAAACCCCCUUCUGCUCCGAGGGACCUGGCCUAAGCUGUUUCCCACCCGCACCCCAGCUCUUAAGGGUCCAGCCUUCUGCGGCGGCCCCGCGUGUGGACUGCUCACCCUCGCGGGCGCGCUGACACAGCUGUAAAGCCCCUUCCACGUCGUCGGCCGGCCGCGACUUGUAACCUCCGUUACUGUUCACGGUUUACCCGGAAACCGGGUGCUGCCCGCCACAGAGGGCUGGGUCAGCGCGCUUGCAGACGGUCGGUCGUAUUUCCAAGCUGACGGCGCUUAGACGCGUGGACUCUAGCCUUCGCCGGCGUGCUGAGCUCCUUGGACAAGCCUUCUUGCCCUAAAGUACUCCUCUGUCGCCGUGCCGGGCUUGCCUUUGUGCACGUGGGAAAAGCAGAAACCCGCUGCUGAGCGCACGCCGCUGGCUGCUCUUUCGGACGGGCCUCUCGGCCUGGCCGCUGCGCUGCUCCGGCAGGCCGCUCUCCCCGGACAUGCAACUUCCGCGGCUCUUCAGCACGGGUUCUGGGUCCUUGUCUCCCCUCCUGCAGGCUGGGUGAAACUUUCUUUUCUGUCUAUAAAUUAAUCUCAGAACGGGGACCCUUGCAGCCCCUCCAGAAUCAAAGGAUUUUCGUGAAACAUUAAAGUGUAUAUAAACUCA